AUGCCACCUAGUGCAGAGGGGUUGGUUCUGGAUCUUCAGGACAAAUGCUCAGAGCUCCCCCUACACUUUACAGCAAUGAAACUCAGUGGACAGAGCGUUGCCUCAUUUCUAAUCACCACCUUUCUAGUUCGCAGUGCGCACAUGCCUACGACUCCGCGCAAGGCUAUGAAUCAAAGUGCCUGGGUCAUUUGGAGAGGCUUAGCGUCCUGCGACAUUACUCCACCCUGUUUACCUCUCUAA